CGAAUGGCAGCAUCUAGGAAAAGAAAUGAUUGAAUAAAGAUAAUAAAAAAACAUGCUUAUUUUGUUUAUAGGUGUGAAUGUGGGUGUUGUGUGAACAUGCCCACAACUCACGAAAGACGAUGCUGUCAGUCAACAAACAUUGUAGAUGGAAAAGCAGAGGCAGAAGGUGUGCCUUGCAUCACUCUUCACGAGGGGUUUCAGGUGAACUGCCUCAACAUACAUGUGCUGGAGACGUCAUUCUAUGAGUUUAUACAUGACUAUGGGCCCAGAGAAGAGGGUCAGCAAAUUCAUGAGCUGUAUCGGUACCUGGCCUACAGACGUUUCACCAGAUGGGUGUACGGGCUCCUGGGAAAGAAAUUCAGACGGGUUAUUCCUUCGUGUGCAGUCAACGCCAUUCGUGAACAAUUCCCUUCUGAGGAAUACAGCGGGUUUCGCUAUCCUCAGUAGUGAUUUUUGCUAAGUUUCUUGCAUAAAUCUUGUUUGAAAGUUGACUGAAUACAAUUGUUAAAAGCCCUGUUUUCAAUAAAUUGUUUCUAA